GUUUCCAAUCACUUUCUCAUGGUUCAAAUUCGCUUCCUGGUUGCUUGGUUCCUUCAAGCGCUCCCUGCAACCGUGAUAUAUCCGAAGCCCGCUUAUUUGCUACCGUUCAUACUGCCAUGUCUACCUCGCGCAAGUUGCUGGUGGUCGUCGGGGCUACGGGCAAUCAGGGCUCCUCCGUGGCCAAAACCUUUCUGAAAUUAGAUCACUGGGACGUACGCUGCGUCACGCGCAAUGCGUCUUCUGCGGCAGCCAGGAAACUGGCAUCGCUCGGUGCCGGUGUGGUAGAGGCCAACCUUGCCGAUCUCGAAUCGCUUCGCCAUGCUUUUGCCAAUGCCCAUGCGAUUUUUGUCAACACGGAUUUCUGGGCUCUUUAUCUAAGCUCCCCAGUCCGGGGAGCCCAGCCGAAGUCCAGCGAGGAGGCUUUUCAAGAGGAGGUGCUGCAUGGGCAGAACGCUGCCAUUGCUGCGGCGGAGAUUCCGACGCUGGAGCGCUUCGUCUAUUCAGCGUUGGGCCCGAUGAAGAAGCAUUCGCACGGGAAAUACCCCCACUCAUACCACUGGGACUCCAAGGCGACGAUUGUGGAAUACAUCGAGCGAGAACAACCAUCCUUAGCCCGCAAGGCUUCGUUUAUUUACCCGGCCGUCUAUGCCACCAAUCCCCUCUUCAUGCCAACCCUGAAUCCCUCGACUGGCCAAUACCAGUUCUUGCUACCUCUUCCCAAGGACUUGGAGAUUCCAAUUAUCGAUCCCUCCCACUCCACAGGUCCCUUUGUCCGCGCCCUGGUGGAGAACGAGCGCCCGGGCGUCAAGCUCCUCGCAUGUGACGCCUCCCUGACAAUCGACGCCAUUGUGAAAGCAUGGAAUCGGGCAACUGGAAGGCCGGCGGAGUUAGUUGAGGUCAGCACGGACUACAUGCAUCGCGAGCUAGGAAUUCCUCGCGAAGUGCUGGAUGCGCCCCCCUAUAUCGCGGAGUUUGGAUACAUGGGAGGUUUGGACAAUGUCCUCUACCCAAAGGAUCUGGCCGUCAAAGUCCAGACUCCUUCCUUUACGGACUGGCUUGAAGCACAGAACUGGCAGCAAAUUCUUGACGGAGGAAGGUCCGAGCUGACCUCGGUACUGGAGAAUGCCGUCUGACGUUUUGAAGCUGGGAUGGUUGGAAGUUGGUAUCUCCUGAAGCCCAUGGGAGCUGUUUCCUUGAGCAUUUGUCUUGUAACUUAGCAUCUGCGCAUGGCACAAAGUGACUCUGACUAUAAUCGAAUAAAACCCUGCAGUCAUUGUUAAUCUCGCAUACGCAGUACCGCG